CGUUUGCAUAGAGACGUUUGUUUGUGGUCAACAAUAUCUGAAAACUGAAAAGUACCUACCUUCACUUCAAGUUAUCGAUUUUAUUGGAUUUUAUUGAUUUUUUACAUUGUGAUUGUGAAGGAUUGUGAUUUGUGCUGCUAUUUUAAUUUCAUGUGAAUUUAAUUGUAAAUCCAAAAUUUUAUAUUGUUUGACCGAGUAAAUUGGAAAAAUGUCUACAAAAAAACGCCAAAGGAAGCCCAGACCUGAAGAUUAUAGUAAUGUUUGUCGAAUUUGCUUAUUUGCUGAUCACGACAUGAUAUCCCUGAUGACCAGCUUUGGGACUAACAUAGUAGCAGACGUCUUUUAUUCUAUCACAGGUGUCCAGGUGCUCCGAGAAGAAACACUCCCACUGUCUGUAUGUAUACGCUGCCAUGACAAGCUUAUGGAUUUCUAUAAAUUUAAAGUGAAAUGUUUAGAAUCUGACACAAUUCUACGAGGUAAAGUAGGCGAUGUUGUUAGAAAAGUUAAAAGUAUAAGAAUAGCCAGAAUAAAUCAAACAUAUAAUGUUGUGAAAUCACGUGAUACUGAUGAUGAUGAUGGAGACGAAGAACCUGAGUAUCCACCUAAACUUUCAAAACGAGCCCUGCAACAUUUAGAACAAGAUUUAUAUUUAUCAGAUGAUUCAGAUAACAAAGCGCCUAAAAAAUUAUUAGUACAGAAACAAUAUCAUUGCAUCUCCUGCCCAAAGAAAUUCAAACAAUUACAGACAUUGAGAAUACAUUCUUUAUUAUGCGGUGGUAGUACAACAAUGAUCAAGUGUACUAUAUGCCCACAAAAGUUUGAAUCAGAAUAUGACCUGAAGUUACAUUCUGCAAUACAUGUGAAAGGAAAGGAAUGGAAAUGUAUUGAAUGCGAAAAGGAAUUUACAGAUCGGCCACGCUUCCGCCGCCACAUCCGGCGGCACAUGGAGAUGAUGCGGCGCUUCCCGUGCCAGGUGUGCGGCAAGUCGUUCACGGAGAACAGCGCGCUGCAGCGACACGCGCGCGUGCACACCGGCGAGAGCAAGGAGAAGAGUCUCCAGUGCAAGCUGUGCGACAAGAAAUGCAGUGACAGAAAUCAGAUGACCGAGCACCUUGCACGGCACACCGGCGCCCGUCCGCUCAAGUGUAACGAUUGCGACAAGAAGUUCCCGUCGAUGCGUCUGCUGGCGUCCCACAGGCGCGUGCACAACGAUUACAUGCCAUACGAGUGCGGGUUCUGCGACAAGCGGUUCCGCGAGAAGUCGACGCGCGACACGCACCACCGCACUCACACAGGCGAGCGCCCCUACGUGUGCUCGGUGUGCGGGAAGUCCUUCAUCCAGAGCUCCAACCUCAAGCUCCACAUGCGCACUCACACUGGGGAAAAGCCAUACUCUUGUGGCGUGUGCGACCGGAAAUUCUCGUCGGGCUCCACACUCGCCUGCCACGCGCGUGUGCACACCGGGGAGAAACCCUACAGCUGCUCCAUCUGCGGGAAAAGGUUCGCUCGAACAGAUUUCAAGGCUCACUUCCGGCUCCACACCGGCGAGCGACCCCACGCCUGCUGCGCCUGCCCCAAGCAGUUCGUAAGCGCGGCCGCGCUGCGCGAGCAUCGCCGCGUGCACACCGGCGAAAAACCUUUCCGCUGUACCUUGUGCCCAGAGAAAUAUAAUAAAAAAAUUCAUUUGAUGAAUCAUCUCCAAGCUCACGCCAGGGACAAGAAAGGAAAAAACAAUACCAGUGUUGUGCAAUAUCAACAAACACCUAACGCUGUUGAUGAUACAAUUUAUGCCAAAGAUACUGAUCUCGUUAGUCUAAGUAGAAAAAACAAUGACAGUGUUGUGCAAUAUCAACAAACACCUAACGCUGUUGAUGAUACAAUUUAUGCUAAAGAUACUGAUCUCGUUAGUCUAAGUAGAAAAAAUAAUGAAAGUGUUGUGCAAUAUCAACAAACACCUAACGCUGUUGAUGAUACAAUUUAUGCUAAAGAUACUGAUCUCGUUAGUCUAAGUAGAAAAAACAAUGACAGUGUUUUGCAAUAUCAACAAACACCUAACGCUGUUGAUGAUACUAUUUAUGCUAAAGAUACUGAUUUCGUUAGUCUAAGUAGAAAAAACAAUGACAGUGUUGUGCAAUAUCAACAAACACCUAACGCUGUUGAUGAUACAAUUUAUGCCAAAGAUACUGAUCUCGUUAGUCUAAGUGGAAAAAACAAUGACAGUAUUGUGCAAUAUCAACAAACAUCUAACGUUAAUGAUGAUACUAUUUAUGCCAAAGAUACUGAUCCUGUAAGUGUAAUUAGAAAAAAUAAUGACAGUGUUGUGCAAUAUCAACAAACACCUAACGCUAUUAAUGAUACUAUUUAUGGCAAAAAUAUUGAUCUCGUUAGUAUUAGUAGAAAAUACAAUGACAGUGUUGUGCAAUAUCAACAAACACCUAACACUGUUGAUGAUACAAUUUAUGCCAAAGAUACUGAUCUCGUUAGUCUAAGUGGAAAAAACAAUGACAAUGUUGUGCAAUAUCAACAAACACCUAACGCUGAUAAUGAUACUAUUUAUGCCAAAGAUACUGAUCCUGAAAGUGUAAUUAGAAAAAAUAAUGACAGUGUUGUGCAAUAUCAACAAACACCUAACGCUGUUGAUGAUACUAUUUAUGCCAAAGAUACUGAUCUCGUUAGUCUAAGUAAAGCCUCCAGGUGUCAAGAUGAAAACACAAAUGUUACUCUAAAUGAGAAUGAAAUUCCAGUAAAUGUAUCUGAAGAACUUGUAAUACUAGAUGAUAGUGAUGUUAAAAGUCAACUUGUAAUUAUAGACGGACACAGCAGUAUGAAUUACCAAAACAGCUGUGACCUAUUGAACGAAGUCAUUGUAGGUGAAAUAAAUAUUGAUGAUGUUAUAACAAAUGAUAAAAAUGGAAUUAAUUUAUCACAGAGUACACAUGAUGGGACAACAGUGAAACUGUUUCAAUUGGACGAAAGUUUAUUGCAAAUUGAAGCAUCUGGGGGACAAGUCACUCUAAGGAAAAUUAGUAGUAAAAUUACUACUACUAACUUUUAAGAUUUUAGAAUUAAGGUCAAUAAACUUAUUUAUUAUCUCAAAAUGAUGGUAUGAGUCUUGAAUACUCUUGAUGUAUAUUAUAUUAGUAAAUAUAUUAUCUAAAUAUUGUCAA